GGGAGGGUUUCUGUCUCUCAUGAGAGAGAACCUCGGGCUCAGAAUGCCACAUCAAGUUCAGGACUGCUGGAUCGGUUUCACUUCACAUCUCUGGAUUUACGUCGGCUGACGGCUUUCUUCUCGUCAGACCGCAGUCACAGACUGAAACCUCGUUGAAGGUGUCAAGUUUGCGACCAUUUAGCUUCAGAUCGUUUUGCCGCUACAACGAGGCUGCAGGGUCUUCAAAGGUGAGAAAGACCGAACAGACCGAGAUCUCCCAGUUUAUGGAAAUUGCAACAAGUGCGCUGCGUGCGGAGCGUCGCGGCUCGGCCAGAAACCUGCGCUCUGCCGCGUGUUUAAAGAUGCUCAAUGACAUUAAGAUAGAGGAUCGUCUCAGGACCGAUGCCAGCUCCCUGGACGGUAUGAUCGGCGGUGCUCCUCCCCAGCAGGCCGUGUGUGAGGGCUGCACGCGGAUCAUCUCAGACCGCUUCCUGAUGCGGGUCAACGACUCGUCCUGGCACGAGGAGUGCCUGCAGUGUGCCGCGUGCCAGCAGCCGCUCACCGCCACCUGCUACUUCAGAGACACCAAGCUGUACUGCAAGAGCGACUACCAACAGUUAUUUGCAACCAAGUGCAGUGGCUGUCUAGCGAAGAUAGCACCCACAGAGUUUGUAAUGCGUGCCUUGGAGAGUGUUUACCACCUCAGCUGCUUCUGCUGCUGUGUCUGUGAGCGCCAGCUGUGCAAAGGAGACGAGUUUGUUCUGAAAGAAGGGCAGCUACUGUGCAAGAGUGACUAUGAGAAGGAGAGGGACCUGCUUAACACAGUCAGUCCGGAUAACUCAGACUCAGAUAGAAGUGAGGACGAGGAUUUGGAUGUGAAAUCAGGGAAAUUCCCGGCUUCAGGGAAAGGAAGCGAUGACAGCAAAGACCCUCGUCGCCCCAAACGGCCACGCACCAUCCUCACCACCCAACAGAGGAGGGCCUUCAAGGCCUCCUUCGAGGUGUCCUCCAAACCCUGCAGAAAGGUGAGAGAGACCCUGGCUGCGGAGACUGGGCUAACUGUUCGUGUUGUCCAGGUUUGGUUCCAGAACCAGAGAGCAAAGAUGAAGAAGUUAGCUCGCAGACAACAGCAACAGCAGGAGCAACACAACAGCCAAAGGCUAGGCCAAGAGGUGAUAUCAACUUGUAUGGAUGGCCUGCUCGGCUCAUACUCAGGGCCUCUACCUGCAAGCCAGAGGCAGCUGGUGAACAUGGAGCACGGCAGUUACAACACGGACCCCUUCCAGCAGGGUCUCACCCCGCCACAGAUGCCUGGUGAUCACAUGAACCCCUACGGUACUGAUUCCAUCUUCAAUGACAUCGAUAGUGACACCUCUCUAACAAGCUUAAGUGACUGCUUCAUGGCCACUCCAGAUGGAGGCUCCUUGCACUCACGGGUGGGAAAUCCGAUUGACCGCCUUUACUCCAUGCAGAGCUCCUACUUUGCAUCCUGAAAAACAUCGUCACUGUCAGUCCCACGCCACUCACCACACCCCCUUCCCUGGCCGUACGCGCUGAGCACACAACAGUGCACACAGGCAAUACAGGCCACCGGGUCGUCCUGCAGUACACGUGUCAGAAAGCAGGGACAUUUGACUGAAUCCAUCAAACCUGACUGACCUCCACCAACCAAAGGAAAGAAACUUGAAACAGAGCCCUGAAUCCUGCACAUUACCCCCAAUGUGUGCACAAGGGGUUUUCAGCUGGGCUAUUUUUGUUGGACAGAUAUCUGCAGUAUUUGUAUCACAGCACAAGUGGGACUAGUUCAGCAGUCAGAGACUUUUGGGAAAUACUGUCUUAAUCAAAUAGUGUCACAGAAACAUUUGGCUACACGUUUCUCUUUAGGCAUCAUCAGUAUAGAUACAUCAGUAACAUUGUAAGUGGUUUUUAAAUGUAAAGUUGAGCAAUUACAGUUUUGGUGAUGUGAUUUUAGCAAACUACCAAGCUUUACUGGUGUGAAAAUCAAGCAGUCUGUGAGCCAGCUGAUUGAUACCUGUCGCUGAAUGUAUGUAAUGGUCUAUCUGUAAGUCCAGUUCUUGAGAAACAUCCGAUUUUGCAUGUUAGGAUGAACAGCAAGUUAUUUAUUUCUCACCAGCAUGCAUAUACAAUAAAUCAAAAACAUUCUAUUUAAAAAGACAAUAUCAUCCCACUGUAAAAUACAAGAAAAAAGAUCCUAAUUCAUUGAGUAGUUUGAUUUUGCUAUUUAUCACAGGAUUUGUGUUGUUUUGUGCAAAUUAGUAUAGCUUUGCUAUUUAUUUUUCAAUUGAGACCAUCUCAACUGUUUCAAGGAUGUAUUUUAAAUUUGCCAUAACUUGCCAUGAAUGGUAAGGUACUUCAAAUAAAC